AUGGAAGAAAGAGACCAAAUCAGUGAGUUACCAGAUCCAUUACUACAUCUCAUCCUCUCUGAUCAUUCAAUUAAAGUUGCUUUUUGUACUUCCGUUUUAUCAAAAAGGUGGAAUCACAUUUGCAAUGUUGUCCCGGUCCUUGAUUUUGAAGACGCCAUUCGUGGAUUAGGCAAUGCUUCAAAGGUCAAGAAGUUUAUGAUAUCCGUGGAAAAGAUUUUGCGUGAUCGGAACCAGGAAGCGAAUAUAAAGAAAUUCACUUUCAAAUGUAGAAAAUACAUGAAACCAUCUCGGGCUCAAAAUCACUAUCUAUUAUUCCUGCGUCUCUUUUUACUUCUAAGUCACUUAUUUCGUUUGAUAGAAACAGAAGUAACCCCUCGUAUAAGAUUUCCUAAAUAUAUCUCCUUUCCAACACUCAAGAUUCUAACACUGAAUGAGAUCACCUUUAGUGGUAAGUGUGAGAAACUCUUUGCGGGUUGCCAUGUGCUUGAAGAAUUGAGUCUGUGUGAAUGCACUUUUCCUUUGAGAGAAUUUUGUAUUUCUUGUCCAAUGCUGAAAACUUUGAUAAUUAACAAUAGUGAAGGAGAGGAAGCUCUUAUCGGAGGUUGUGCUCUAAAAAUUAAUGCACCAAAUCUAGUGUCUCUCUAUUACUGGAGUAAUUUGGCGGAGGAUUAUAUUAUGUCCACAUUUGUAGCACUAGUGAAAGCAGAUUUCACUUUUUUGAUACCGGGCAACGAUACCAUGGAGCAAAAGAUUGCCGCAAGUAAGUUUCUUGGAGCAGUUUCACAUGUCAAGCAUCUCUCAAUAUUUGCCUUACCUAUUCAGGAUCUCUUAGUAUCAGAAGAUUUGUUGAACAAUAUGCCUAUAUUUCAUAAAUUGAACCGGUUGGAAGUAUUUCGCGUAAAGGGUGAUAAAACAGUUGUUGAUUUGCUCAAAGGAUCACCUAAUCUGGAGUAUUUUGAAUUUCGCCUUCUCCUGGAUGAUGACUAUUCCGAGGACGACAUUGAGGGAUUUCAUACUUCAUUUCCGCACCUCAAAUCAGUUAGCUUCGAGGAACAUUAUGGACAUCCAAGGGAGCUGAAAUGGAUGAAACUAAUUCUGAAGAAUGCCAUUGCUUUGAAAAGAAUGAAUAUUGGUAAUUGCUUAGAAGGUCUGGAAACGCGACAAGCAUUUAUGGAGGAGAUACAUAGUGUUCCAAGAGUCUCAAGUUUCUGCGUGCUUGAAGUGUUCUCAGGAAUAGUGCUGUCUCGAAGUAGAGAUUAG